AUGAAGCCUCACAAAGUGACCGAAGAGGAACUACAAGAGCACAAGAGUGCCAGCUUUCUGUAUUUUGAUUUGGAGAUAUAUGUGUCAGAAAACCACGAAUUGGUGCCUAACCUUGCGGUUGUGCAGGACGACGAAGGACACGAAUGGAUUUUUCCGGAAGAAGGUAGUCCCUUAGGCGGUAACGUUACUGACCAGCUGUGUACGUUUUUAUUCAAUGAGCGACACAGAGAUCACUACAUCAUCGCCCAUAAUUUCAAGGGAUUUGAUGGCUAUUUUAUUUUGCGUUGGUUACUGGAAAACGGAAUAGUCCCAAAAGUUAUUAUGAACGGUGGAAAGAUACUGCAAAUGGAUGUGUCGGAAUUCAGUAUUCGCUUCCGGGACAGCUUCAACUACAAUCCGCAAAGCCUUGCAAAAUGGCCAGCAACCUUCGGCAUUCGGGACAUUGGAAAAGGCACAUUUCCGCACCGAUUCAAUCGUAGAGAAAACUGGGACAAGGUUCUUCCUUUUCCGCAGCCAGAAGAGUACGGAUUUUCAUGUAUGAACAGGAAAGCGAAGGAGUCAUUUAUGUCUUGGUAUGCUACGGAAGCGAAAGAAAAAGGUUACCUUUUCGACUUCCGGAAAGAGAUUGAAGAGUAUUGUCGCAUGGAUGUGACGGUAUUACGCACGUGCUGCCAACAGUUCCGCCGUUUAUUCCAAGAAAUCAGCAACGGAUUGUGCCCUUUUGUCUCGGCUAUGACGAUUGCUGGUGUUUGUAAUCGAAAUCGCCAAGAAAUGGUUAGCCUGGAUAGAAAAGAAGAGGAGUGCAUUUUGGAAUCUACCUUGACGGGAUCUGAACACCAGAUUGGGCCGUUUUUUGUUGACGGAUACCGUGCCGAUAUCAAUCACGUUUACGAAUUUUACGGCUGUUGGUACCACGGGUGCCCUCAGUGUGAAGCUCCUGAAACCAUACACCCUUUCCGGGAUAUUCCAAUGUCGGAAAUAUACAACGAAACCCAGGAACGGGAGAAAUAUAUCCGCAGCCAGGGAUACGGUGUGACCACCAUAUGGGAACAUGAAUUUGUGGAUCAGAUAAAGUCGGAUCCCGAACUGAGAUCUUUUGUUCAAAAACUCUCCUUUAUUGCUCCUCUGGAUCCACGAAAUGCAUUCUACGGUGGUCGUACUAAUGCCGUCAAGCUUUUUCACCAGAUAUCCGGUGACGAAACUAUAAGUUAUUAUGACGUCAACAGCGAAUACCCAUACGUCAACAAAAACAAACGGUAUCCCGUUGGUCACCCGAAAAUAAUAACCAAAGAUUUUGAAGAUAUUGGAAGUUAUUUUGGUGUUGCCCUGUGUCAAGUGCUUCCUCCUGGGGAUUUGAAACUACCAGUACUACCAUAUCGCUCGGGUGGUAAGUUAACGUUUCCUUUGUGCCGGACAUGUGUGGACAAGUACCAAAACUCUAAGUGUGAGCACACCGAUGAAGAGCGCGCUUUAACGGGAGCCUGGUGUACACCGGAAAUAAACGAAGCUGUGAAUCGUGGAUACGUGGUCCAAAAGAUUCACGAAGUCUGGCAUUUUGAGCAGCACGAAGACCGUCUUUUUGAAAAGUAUAUCAACAAGUUCUUGAAGAUCAAAACGGAAGCAAGCGGUUGGCCUGCCCACGUCCACACUGAAGCUGAUAAGCAGCAAUACAUUCAAGAUUUUAAACAGCAUGAGAACAUUGAACUGGAUUAUGAAAAAAUCACUCCAAAUGCUGGACUGCGUUCACUGUCUAAACUUUGUUUAAACAGUUUCUGGGGACGUUUAGGAAUGCAAGAAAACAAGCUCAGCACUGCCUAUAUUACUGAACCACAAAAGUUUUACGAUAUAUUGUUGUCGGGAAAAUAUCAUGUGCAUUCUUGGGACAUGUUCUCGGAAGAUGUUGUGCAGUUGACAUACACCAAAGAAAGCGGUUUCGCGGAUCGUAAUCCGAACACCAAUGUCAUUUUAGCGGCGUAA